AUAUAUAAAUUUCCUAAAACCACACAUCAAAGCUUUCCUUUACAACCUUCACCAUCAUCAUAAAAUCUUAUUACUUUAUCCUUCUUUGAACUUGUCGAGAUGGUAUCAUCACGUAUCUCAAACUUCACCUUAUUAGCAGUCGCGAUAUUUUUCACCGCUGUUUCCGCAAGUAGUCAUAAGAUCACUCUCGUCAACAAUUGUGGUACAGCCACGAAGAUGCAACUUCCAGGACGUGGAAACUUUGGCGCAGGUACAUAUACCUUUGACGGUGAUAUCCGAGGAGGGAUUGCACAAGCCUGUGGUGAUUUAAAUGGAAUCGGAUGUCAUUCGAUUGAAUUUACACUAGUAGAUGGUGUUACUUCUGCAGACAUGACACUUAUUCCUCCUCAUAAGUUUGAUCAUCCUGCAAAAUUCACUCUUAGAGCUUCUUCAGGUACUCAGAGUGCUUCUUGUCAAAAUUCAAACUGUGGUCCGAAAAAUGCUUUUUAUAAGUUUGAUGAUUAUUCUGCUCAACGUCAAGUUACUGGUCCUGGUUCUAGUAUCUCUAUGCAAUUCUGUUAAAUCCUUUUUGACCUAGGUCUUUUUAUGACUUCAUGAUACAAAAAAUCGAAUUGUAACUUUUCCAUUUCUCUUUCCUCAUCUUUUUCCAAUCAAAUCAAACCAAAAUGACUAUUCAUGACUCGCUUUUUGAACCAUUGGAACCGUUUUGUCUUCUUUCCAAAUUCAAGUUUGUUCAAUGAUUUUUCAAAAAGAAAACAGUGUAACAUAUCGAUCCGGUUUUUCUUCUUUUUGGAGACUUUGACUUAUAUUUGUGCAAAGAAAAACUUGUAGCAUAAAGAUUCAACUUUGGGUACGAUCGACCAAAGUGUAUUGAAUUCAGAUAGUUUCUUUCUUAAAUUCUUUUCAAUUGAUCACCGAAAAAUUGUUGAGACACCC